AUGAUAACUAAUCCAAUGAAACGAAUGCGUAAAAUUGUUAGUAAAAAAAAGCGACGUUAUCAACAAGAUGGUUUUGAUCUUGAUUUAACUUAUAUUCGUCCAAAUGUUAUUGCAAUGGGUUAUCCAGCUGAUAGUUACGAAGGUGUCUAUAGAAAUAAUAUUGCUGAUGUUAGUCGAUUUUUAUCGGCAAAACAUGGAGACAAAUUUUAUAUUUAUAACUUAUGUGUGGAAAGCGAAAGACAAUAUGAUGGUUCACGAUUUAAUAAUAAUGUUUGUUCAGAAUUCAGUUUUGAAGAUCAUAAUCCACCAACAAUUAAAAUGAUUUUGGCUUUUUGUCAACAUGCUGACGCACAAUUAAAAGCCAUGACCGAUCGAACACUUGUUAUACAUUGUAAAGCAGGAAAAGGUCGUACGGGUGUUAUGUCAUGUUGUUUUCUAUUAUUUUAUUACCGACAAGAAUAUAAUGAUCCAUUACAAACGUUAAAAUUCUAUGCUCAACAAAGAACAUCGAAUGAAAAAGGUGUUACAAUUCCUAGUCAACGUCGUUAUGUAGAAUAUUUUGGACAUUUAUUAAAUAGUCAAGUACCAUAUACACCUAAACAAAUACUUUUUAUUGGUUUAUUAAUCACAUAUGAACAAAAUCAAGUGCUUCAUUCAAGUCUUUCUUAUACAGUUAAAUCAGCGGAUCAUCGUAUACAGUAUCAAUCAUUUGAAAUUCCUCUUGACCGUGAUACAACAAUUCGUCGAGAUUUACCAUCAAAUUAUUCAGUAUUAGAAGCAUCACAUAAACAUUUUAUACCACCAUCAAAUCAACAAUGUCAUAUAUCAUUAGAAGAAGAUGUUCUAAUUGAAAUAUUUCUAACAAAAACAAAACGAGGAAAACCAGAAAAAUUAUGUCAUUUUUGGUUUAAUACAUUUUUUCUUGUUGAUCCAAAAGUGCGAACGAUAUUAAGUAAUAAUAUUGAAAAACAACCUGAAAGUAAUUUAGGUAUACUUAAAUCAUGUUUAAUACCUGAAUGUGGACAUAAACAUUUAUAUACAAUGGUUAAAAAAGAUAUUGAUGGUUUACAUAAAGAUAAAUUUCAUCGUUUAGCACCAUCGUCAUUUACUGUAUCAGUAUUAUUUGAUUAUAUUCCAACGCCACCCUCUCAGUCAUCAACAAUAAUAAAACCAGAUCGAUCAUGUUCUUUAUCUGAAAAGCAACCUAACGUAGAUUUAAAACUAAUUGAAUCAAAUAAUAAUUCAUCACUUAUAAUUGGCCCAUCGGAUAAAUUAAUCGAUCAAGAUGAAUUAAAACAAAAUAAUAAAAUCAAUGAAAAAAUAACAAAAACUACUUUAAAUUCUAAUAAUAUAAAUGGAAAUCGUCGUAAUGAAAGAUCAGCAUCAUCGAGUCGACGUGCAUUUGCAUUAUAUUCAAAUGGUAUGUCGGAUUGGGAUAGUACAGACUCCGAAUCAGGUACCAAUGAAACAAAUCUUAAUGAUGAACCCGAACCAUGUUAA